CACACGCUGCGCCGAGCCAGGUGCAACAAAGGUUACUCUCGCAUCUGCAGUGAUCCAGUUAUUUGCAAGUCCGAGCAUAUAUUUAAAUAUAAAUUCAAUCCAAUGACCGCCCGUCCAAUUAAAGCACAGGAAACACUCCAGAAGAACAGAACUUACAAACUACACCGGAAUGCAGCUCUUCAGAGACAACUUGCAUACUUUUCUUGCUCUUGUGACAGCUUGCAUCACGCUCUCGAGCGCCCAGCAGAUUUUCUAUCCGGCACUCAAAGUUAAUCAGAUAUCUGUGCGAGCCAAUGGGCGAUUAAACGCGGUUAGUACGGUGGCGUUGGCCACACCGUUGCCGGCGACACGAGAUGCGCAAGGAAGGCGCAUAGCGCAACGCCAGACGGUGGGUGGACCGCAGGUGGGUGGACCGCAGGUGGGUGGACAGCAGCACUCCCUACAGGUGGGCGGACAACCAGCAGGCGGAACACAAUUCCAACCUGUGACUGGAACACAAAUCCAACAAAGAAGUACGCCACCACUUCACCAGUUCGGACAACCAGUUGGUGGAAUACAAUUGCAACCGGCGAGAGGAUCACAAUUCCAGCCUGUGGCUGGACCACAGCUCCAACAAGUAGGUGUGCAGUUUGGAGGAGGACAAAGAGUGGGAUUAGCUGGACCUGCAUCUCAACAAAUAGGUAUAAACCCGUUCCAACAAAUCGGAGGACCACAGAGAGUCGGUGUAUCUAAUCAGCAACAAUACCAAAGACUACAACAGAUACCAAGUGAAGCACCAUCUCCCAAUUUCCGAGGUCAUCAAAUGCAAAGAAUAGGAGGUAGUGGAUCACCACCUAGCCAGCAGUUCGUAGGACAGCAAGUACAAAGAGGACCAUCAGCUCAAUACUUCCAAGGACAACAGGUGCAACGAGUAAGCGUGCAACAAUAUCAACAGAUUCAAGCACAACAGCUUCAACAAUAUAGUGGACAGGUGGUGCACCAAGUAGGGAAGAAUGAUUGGCCAGUACUAAGCAGUCCACAAAUAUAUUUUAACACCGCAAAUUGGCAUCCAUAUGGUUGGCAGCCGACCAACUGGCAACACGUGGGAAAAUAAACCUCAAAAAACUGGCAAUCAAGUGAAAAUACCAACGAGCUUGUGGUGUGCAUAUAUUUUUCACAUAAUCAUUACUACCAAAAGAGACUUUUCGCCCGUCAUCCAAUACAAAUUCAUUCGCCGCCAUCUCUUGCAAGGCACUUCGUGUGAUUAUGACACAACUCGGGAAGAUUUCUUUCAAUCAUCCUUUGUGUAAUGAUCAGAAUACCCUACCCCUCCUCGUAAAAACUGAGAUUAAGUUCUUUAGCGCUCUUCUGCGCAAAACGAUAUUUAAUACAUUUUAAUGUAUAUUGUAAAAGACAAUAGUCAGAUUUGCAAGGUGCUCGAUAUUAUCACGUCAACAAACCAAUGAUAAACUGUAGGGUAACCUAGGUACUCGUAUGUCAAGUGUCAUGGAGAAUAAAAUAAAAUAGAAUACUCAUGUUAAUUCGCUAUUAAGUAGUAUGUAAUGAAAUACAAUAUUUUUUAAAGAAAAUU